UGCCGCGCGGGGCCCGCGGCGAUGCCGUUCCUGCACGGCUUUCGGAGGAUCAUCUUCGAGUACCAGCCGCUGGUGGAUGCGAUUCUGGGCUCCCUGGGGAUCCAGGACCCCGAGCGGCAGGAGUCCCUGGACCGGCCCAGUUAUGUCACCAGCGAGGAGAGCCGAAUCCGUGUUCUCACCGAGCUGCUGGAGAGGAAAGCCCACUCUCCUUUUUACCAGGAAGGCGUGAGCAACGCCCUGCUCAAGAUGGCUGAGUUGGGGCUGACACAAGCUGCCGACGUUCUCCUGCGGCAUGGGGCCAAUCUCAACUUUGAAGACCCAGUCACCUACUACACGGCUUUGCACAUCGCCGUCUUGCGGAACCAGCCAGACAUGGUGGAGCUGCUGGUGCAUCAUGGGGCCGACAUUAAUCGGAGGGACCGGAUCCAUGAGAGUAGCCCCUUGGACCUGGCCAGCGAGGAGCCCGAGCGCCUGCCCUGCCUGCAGCGCCUCCUGGACCUUGGAGCAGACGUCAAUGCUGCUGACAAGCAUGGAAAGACCGCUCUGCUCCACGCUCUGGCCAGCAGCGACGGGGUGCAGAUCCACAAUACUGAGAACAUCCGACUCCUACUGGAAGGAGGGGCUGAUGUCAAGGCCACCACCAAAGAUGGGGACACGGUGUUCACCUGCAUCAUCUUCCUGCUUGGCGAGACUGUGGGAGGGGACAAAGAGGAGGCCCAGAUGAUCAACCGCUUCUGCUUCCAAGUCACACGGCUGCUGCUGGCGCAUGGGGCUGACCCCAGCGAGUGCCCGGCCCACGAGUCCCUCACCCACAUCUGCCUCAAGAGCUUUAAACUGCACUUCCCCCUCCUGCGCUUCCUGCUGGAGUCCGGAGCUGCCUACAACUGCUCCCUGCAUGGUGCAUCCUGCUGGUCUGGCUUCCACAUCAUCUUCGAGAGGCUCUGUUCCCACCCAGGCUGCACGGAAGACGAGAGCCACGUGGACCUCCUGCGCAAAGCUGAGACUGUUCUGGACCUCAUGGUAACCAACUCUCAGAAACUCCAGCUGCCCGAAAACUUCGAUAUCCACCCUGUGGGCAGCCUGGCAGAAAAGAUCCAGGCGCUCCACUACUCCCUGAGGCAGCUGGAGAGCUAUCCCCCGCCCCUCAAGCACCUGUGCCGUGUGUCUAUCCGGCUCUACCUUCAGCCAUGGCCUGUGGACGUGAAGGUCAAAGCCCUGCCUCUGCCCGACAGGCUGAAGUGGUACCUUCUUAGCGAGCACAGUGGCUCCAUGGAAGAUGACAUCUGACAGGUCUCAGGCUACAGGAAUGGGGGCAUGGGCAGCUUAGGUCAGCUUGUUGGUGGAACCUGGGACAGACAACCUUAGAGGAGGGUCUUUCUUAAUCUAGGGGAAGAGACGGGAUCCUUCAUGAGAAAAGCCAGCCAGGCAGAGCCGGAGGCUGUGAUGACUCCAGUGGUGGUGUGGCUCCGUGUGUUCCAGAGACUGCCCCUUCCCCCAGCGGCACUCCAAGUCUCACCCAUGUUGGAAAAAGGGACAGGGCUUAGAUUUAAGUCAUAUUUAUGGACGGGUGCAGUGGCUCACGCCUAUAAUCCCAGCACUUUGGGAGGCCGAGGUGGGUGGAUCACGAGGGCAAGAGAUUGAGACGAUCCUGGUCAACAUGGUGAAACCCCGCCUCUACUAAAAAUACAAAAAAAAAAAUUUGCUGGGCGUGGUGGGUGGCACAUGCCUGUAGUCCCAGCUCUUCCGGAGGCUGAGGCAGGAGAAUUGCUUGAACCCAGGAGGCAGAGGUUGCGGUGAGCCGAGAUCAAGCCAUUGCAUUCCAGUCUGGGCAACAAGAGCGAAACUCUGUCUCAAAAAAAAAAAGAUUUAAGUCAUAUUUAUGUCCUCUGAAUUGGAGGGCAGCACCAGGGCAUUUGCAGAAGCUGGGCGGGACCAAGGCUUAACGUUCCUAGGGCUGCGGGGAUGUUGUUCGCUGCACACGGCAGUAUAGCUGGAGGUAAGGAAGCCAGGGGCACAUCCUGUGUGGGGCUGCCAGCAAGGCCUCACCCCUACCCCUUUUCCUUCCAGGUUCUGUUCCAGAGUAUGUCUGGUGGGUUCUGGGGGAGAAGGCACUAGGGGCCACCACGGGCUUGUCUUCAUGGUAUUGAAAGUCAAGCUGGCCUCUGCUGGUUGCUGUAGCUCUGGGGCCAGGUCAGCCGCGGCCCCACCCACCAGAACUGUGCCUCUAGGGGCAGCUGUGCUUGUGCCAAACCCAGGGCCUCGGCGACCAUGACUUCUGCUAAAAAGCAAUCAUGAGCAGGAGGCUGGGGCCAGCCCUCUGAAGGGUCUCCUGUGAGGUGCUCACUUUGGAGCAGGCUGAGAGCCCACUGUACCACCCAGCCAUGUCUUCAGUCCCUUCCAGGUUGCGUUGGUCAUUGUGGAUGGUGUCAAUGCCUCUGGGGAUAACUGAGGCGACUACAUGACAUAUUUAUAAGAUUAAACUGACUUUGGCCUUAA